ACCAGGGGGCGCCCGGCGCACGUGCACAAAGGGGCCGCUCUGCCCUCCCGUCCUCCGAAGCCUGACCAAGGCGGACUCUAUGGUAUGGGAGCACAAAGACCUCCGGGUUAAAGGGCAAGUGAGACGCCCAGAGCGGGCGAAGAGGCCCAGCCAGCGCCUGCCGAAGAUGCCGCGGCCGCCACCUGCGCCGGGGUGCCCCAACCCCCUGUUCCAGCGCUGGCUCGGAGAGUGGCGCGACCAAGCCGCCGAGCGCGGGCGGCCCAGAAGCCAGCGCGCCUAUGAGAGGGCGCUGAGCUCCCUCCAGAAGUAUCCCCUUCCUCUGAGCAGCGGGCGGGAGGCCCGGAUUCUCCAGCACUUCGGAGAGCACAUUUGCCGCCAGUUGGAUGAGCGUUUGGAGAGGCACCGCCGAACGCAAGCCGGUCUGGAGAGCCCCACUUUCUCUCCGAGGGAGCUGGAAGACGCCGACCCCAGCGAUGAAGCCAUUGAUAUCCUGGCACUGCCGCCUGCCCCAUGCGCCGCGGAUCCAGACCGACCUCAGGAGACGUGCUUAAAGAAAAACCAGCCGGUCUCACGUCGGCGUGCCCGGGGCUAUUCCCCAGCUCCGCGUUCUGGUGCCUACGCUGUGUUGGUGGCUCUGUAUCGGGACAGCAUGAGUCCUCGCACCCGGGGCUACUUGACGAAGCCGGAACUCCAGCGAGCAGCUCAGCCGCUGUCGGAUAAAUCUUUCUUUCCGACUGAUCCUGGGAGCAAGAUCACUGCCUGGUCUGCCGUCAGCACUUUAAUCCGCAAGGAGCUAGUCCUCAAGACCAACAUCCCGGCCAGGUAUUCCCUGACUGAGACAGGGCAGACCUUAGCCCAGGAACUGAUCGCUGUUGAGGAGCCUCUGCCUCUUCAGGAUCCGGCCCCCGGCCCCGCCACCAUCACAGCAGCUGGUCCCAGAGAGUCCCUGCCGCUUUUGCGGGGAGACGGGCAGAGCUUGGGCAAGGACGCCUCCCUUGCGCCAAGCUGCGGGGAGCCAAGAGCCAGGCCGUUCAAGCCUCAAUUUGUCCUUCGCCCGGGACAGUUCGAUGUCAUCUUGUGUGUGGAUUUCAUUGAAACCACAGGCGGCCCCACGUCCAGGAAGCAGGACCUGGUGGAGGAGCUCCAGCAGAAGAGCGUCCCCUUCAGCAUCCGGAAGCUUCACAUUGGAGACUUCCUCUGGGUCGCCCGGGAGAGGGCCUCCUCUGAUGCAGAUCAACCACAUCUCCGUAAGGCUCGGGAGCUGGUCCUGGACUAUGUGGUGGAACGGAAGCGGAUGCCCGACCUCUGUGGCAGCAUCAUAGACGGCCGCUUUCGCGAGCAGAAGUUCCGCCUACGGCAGUGCGGCCUCUCCCACCCCAUCUACCUAGUAGAAGAUGCCGGCUCCGCGCAGCACCUCAGCCUGCCUGAGAAGACCCUGCAGCAAGCAGUGAUCAACACCCAGGUGGUGGACAGCUUCUUCAUCAAACACACCCGCGACCUUCGGGAAUCGGCUGCGUAUCUGACCAUUAUGACACGCCACCUGACCAGGCUGUAUGAGGACAAAACCCUGCUAGGCUGUACCAAGGAGGAGCUGGAGCAAGAGCGCCUUCUGCAGCUCAGUGACGGCUGCUGCAAGCUCCUGACCUUUGCCGAAUUCAACGAAGGGGCCAUGAAGAACAAGGCCCAGACGGUGAGCGAGGUCUUUGCCCGGCAGCUCAUGCAGAUUAGCGGCCUCAGCGGAGACAAGGCGGCCGCCAUCUUGGAGAGCUAUAAGACCCCCGCCAGCUUGCUGGCCGCCUACGCUGCCUGCCAGACCCCACAGAACUGUGAGCAGCUGCUAAGCAACGUCAAAUGUGGGAAACUGCAGAGGAACUUCGGACCUGCCCUCAGCAAGACCUUGGCCCAGUUGUACUGUACUCCAGGACCCCUGCCUUGAAUCAGUGAAAGAUUGUGGCUGGCGGUGGGGGCAACUUCACCCAUCCACAGUGCAGUAUCCUAGCCUGAUGUAUCCUAGAUGGUGGACUUCCGUGAUCCGAAUUACUCCGACAAUCAGCAGCUGGCUAAAUCUAGCUCAGGGAAUUCACCAAAAGGUGCCAGGGAGGGAGAUUUGUCCUUUUGGUGUCCCAUGCUGGGUGUCGAGCACCCCAAGAGGCAGGCACUUGGCACAGGCCCAUGGUGGGCAGGGAGGAUUGAUCCCAGCCUCCCAAGAGUGUUACUGGGGAGAGCUCCCUGUUAGCUCCGUGGUCCAAAUUGGACUACUCUGAGUUAGCUCAUCUUGUCCCUUUUGCUUUUUAAAAAAUUCUUAGUGUGUUACUCAUACUCGAAUAAAGUUGUUGAGGGUUUUUUUUGCAAA